AUGGAGAAAGAGAAAGCUCAUGUAGUUGUUCAUCCCAUAUCAGUACAAGGCCAUAUGAAACCAUUGUUAUGCCUUGCAAAGCUCAUAAGUGAAAGUGGUGUUUAUGUCACUUUCCUCAUCACACAUCACACUCACAGCCACUUGCCUAACAUCUUAUCUUUCUCCACUUCGAAUUCAUCUCUGAUGGCGCCCUACCGGACGAUCACACUCAAGAUGAAAACUAUGCCACAUCUCAAACAGUUUUUGAUUAAUUCCCUUUUGGUAGAGGAGUUGAAAAUUCCUAUAUUUGCAUUUGUUGCUCAUAGUGCUUCUUACUUGUUGGUCUAUAAUUGUGGGUCUUCAAGCUCAUUCAACAUGGUCAUGACCUUCCUUUAUCAGCCUUUGAAGUCUGUUCUUUAUGUUGGCUUUGGAAGUCUUGCCAAAGCUUCAAUUUCUCAAGUAAUGGAAUUUUGUCAUGGUUUGCUCAACAGUGGCUACCCUUUUUUGUGGGUCAUUCGGCCAGAUGCCAUGUUGUAUGAAGAAGAAGGUGAGAAUUUGAUCCCUAAAGGGCUUCAAAUGGGUGAAAAAGAAAAUGGGUAUCUAGUUGAUUAG